AUGGCUUCAAAGGGACUUGCAAUUAUCGCCGGUGUUGGGCCCGGCACGGGCGGCUCCAUUGCCCGACGCUUUGCUCAAUCCUAUUCAGUUGUCCUUCUAUCACGAACCCCUAGUAGCUAUGAGCCGCUUGUUCAGGAGAUCAACUCCAACGGUGGACAGGCCAUUGGCAUCAGCACUGACGUCUCUGACGCCGAUAGUGUUAGCUCCGCCUUCGACCAAAUUGAGAAGCAGUUUCCAAACUCCGCACUGGCCGCGACAAUCUUCAAUCCUGGUGGCGGCUUUGUGAAGAAGCCAUUCUUACAGCUUACCGAGGAGGACUAUGCUCGGGCUCUUGACUCGCAGGCAAAGGGCGCCUUCCAUAUCUCCAAGCGUGCUUUGCCCCUCCUUCUGAAGGCCAAAGACUCGUCUCCCUACCCUCCUACCCUCAUCUUCACGGGUGCUACGGCGAGUAUUAAGGGAUCAGCUCAAUUCGCCGCAUUUGCAAGUGCCAAGUUCGCCCUGCGCGCUCUAGCCCAGUCGCUCGCCCGGGAAUUCGGACCCCAGGGCAUUCAUGUAUCGCAUACUAUCAUCGAUGGCAUUAUCGACAUUCCCCGCACCAAGCAGUGGGUGUUACCUCAUGAAGAUGCGAAGUUGAGCCCUGAUUCGGUAAGUGUGGAGAGAGUCCUCGAGUUUGCACUGUGUACUGAUUGA